AGGUGUUUUCUUCUCGGUGUUGGGGAAGAAAACACUCCCAGAAAAUGUGCGCAAAUAAGGUGGAGGUCGCUUCGGAUUUCAUGCCGGAAGACAUUCGGCGCACGGUGGAGCUGGAUCAUAAUUUGCAUCAACGCUGCAGUCACCAGCGUGAACUGGAGCCAAGGGCUCCCAUUGUGUGAUGCACGUUGUCUUCAUUUGGCCUAAAAGUGAGGUGAAGGUGCUGCAUGCGGGCUCCUUCAGAUGCCGCUGGAUGCUGUGUGGCUGAGAAGGCAGACUGUGCCACCUAGGCUCUGUGCCGAGUUGACACUUAGAGAAUUGACUGGAGCCGUGCUGGAUGGAGGCCAAGACACUGGACGGCGAAGACGAGGAAGCGCACAGUCUCGUGGAUCCCUUGUGAUGUUUGUUGUCUUUCUCUCACGCAUGGAGCGAUGGCAAAAGGAAUCCGGAUAGACAGUCAAGGAUAAAGAAACACUGCAUGCAAAAACCGCUUUCUUGUUUUUGAGAGAUUGUAGGCCUUCAGUCAACACUAAGUUAUUCUUUCUUUCUUCUCGUUCUAUCGGAUACGUAUGCAUUAGCUGGUCGACACUAACCAUCAUGGCCAGGUGUCACAACAAAGCCUCCUGGUUAUUGUUUUUAAUUCAUUUGGUGCUAACAGGAAGAGCAUUGGAAUAUGAAGGCAUUCCGGGUCAGUGGACACGCUAUGGACAAUGGGACGCCAAGACGACUGGAGAACUCAGCUUCAUCCUCAAGACGAACAUCAGCAAAGCGCUGGUACUCUACCUAGACGAUGGUGGCGACUGUGACUUCCUGGAGCUCCUCAUAGCGGACGGUAGACUCCAGUUGCGCUUCACCAUCCACUGUGCCGAGCCGGCCUCCCUGCACACGGAGACGCGUAUCGACGACCUGCGCUGGCACCGAGUUCUCCUGUCGCGGAACUACCGGGAGACCAAGCUGCUGGUGGACAAUGAGGAGAAGGCAGCCGAGGUCAAGUCCAAGAGAAAAGAGAUGGUCGUGGCCAGUGACCUCUACGUGGGUGGCAUCUCGCCCGACGUGCGCCUCUCCGCCCUGACGUCCAGCACAGUCAAGUACGAGCCGCCGUUUGAGGGCCUCAUCGCCAAUCUGAAAGUGGGGGAAGCUCUGCCCGUGCUCUUGGACGGUCAAUCCGUCCACAGUGACAUGGACUACAUCUGUGAUGCACACUCGCCGUGCAAUAACGGAGGCCUGUGCUCCGUCAGCCAAGGGGAAGUCCUGUGCGACUGCAUCAACACCAGUUACGUGGGGAGCUACUGCCACGAAGCAGGUGUCCAGAAAGAAGUAGAAGGUCUGGCGCACCUGAUGUUAAACCGCCAAGUCUUAAACCAAGGCCAGGGGGAGUCGAUGGCCACCUUUAAAGGCAACGAGUACUUCAGCUACAACCUGUCUCAGACGCCCAUUCAGAGCAGCUUGGAUGAGAUCACUCUGUCAUUCCGUACGUUGCAAAGGAACGGUCUGCUGCUACAUACGGGGAAGUCCGGAGAUUAUGUCAACCUCUCUCUGAGGGACGGAGCCCUGUGGCUGGUCAUCAACUUGGGCUCUGGUGCCUUCGAGGCCCUUGUGGAACCAGCCAGCGGAAAGUUCAAUGACGACAUCUGGCACGAUGUCCGAGUGACACGCAACCUCCGCCAGGUUACAAUUGUGGUGGACGGGAUACUGACUACCACAGGCUACACUCAAGAAGACUACACCAUGCUAGGUUCUGAUGACCUGUUCUACAUCGGAGGCAGCGUGGACACCGCUGACCUGCCCGGCUCACCAGUCAGCAACAACUUCAUGGGCUGCCUCAAAGACGUGGUCUACAAGAAUAAUGAAUUCCGACUGGAGCUGUCACGGCUGGCUGAGCAGCAGGAUGCAAAAAUAAGUAUCCACGGCGACUUGACGUUCAGCUGCGAGAGCGUGGAGGCCCUGGAGCCGGUCACCUUUGACACGCCGUCUGCCUACCUGACACUGCCCAGGUGGAACACAAAGAAGACAGGCACCAUAUCGCUGGACUUUCGCACCAGUGAGCCCAGCGGUCUGCUGCUGUUCAGCCACGGCAGCCUGCUGGGGGCGUUGCCGGAGAGCAAGCCCCGUGCCGACUUCUUUGCCAUAGAGCUGCUGGAUGGUUUCCUCUACCUUGUCAUGGAUAUGGGCUCUGGCAGCAUCAAAAUGAAAGCCAGCAACAAGAGGCUUGAUGACGGCCAGUGGUGCCAUGUGGACUUUCAGAGGAAAGGGCGCAAUGGCUUUAUUUCGGUGAACAGCAAGAGCAUCCCGUUUUCCGCCAACGAGGGCAGCGAGAUCCUAGACCUGGACGGGGACAUGUAUCUGGGUGGUCUGCCCGACGACCGCCAAGGUCUCAUGCUCCCUCCAGAGGUGUGGACCGCCGCCCUGGGGUUCGGCUACGUGGGCUGCGUCCGAGACCUCUUUAUUGACGGCCAGAGUCGCAACCUGUGGAGGCUGAGCGAGGUUCAGGGCGCCGCGGGCGUCAGCAGCCUGUGCACCAGGGAGACUCAUGUCAGGUGUGGCCGAGACACGUGCGCCAAUGGCGGGCACUGCAAGGAGGGGUGGAACCGACACAUUUGCGACUGUAAUGGAACCGGCUACCUGGGGCCCAACUGUGAGAAAGAUGCCACAGUGGUGAGCUACGAUGGCAGCAUGUACCUGAAGGUGAUGCUUCAGAGGACGCUGCACACGGAGGCCGAGGACGUGUCCCUGCGUUUCAUGUCCCAGAGGGCUUUUGGGCUGCUGGUGGCCACCACGUCUCAGCAGUCAGCGGACACUCUGCGCGUGGAGCUGGACGCGGGCCGAGUCAAGCUGACGGUCAACUUGGAUUGUAUCAGGAUAGACUGUAAUCUCAGCAAAGGACCUGAGGUACUCCUGCUGGGCGAUAAGCUGAAUGACAAUGAGUGGCACGCGGUGAAGGUGGCACGCCGAGGGAAACAUUUGCAGCUCUCUGUGGACAAUGUCACCGCCGAAGGCUUCAUGAGCGGCGCUCACACCCGCUUAGAGUUCAACAAUAUCGAGACGGGCAUCAUGACCGAGCGGCGGUUCACCUCUGUGAUCCCUUCCAACUUCAUCGGGCACCUGCAGGCGCUCUCCUUUAACGGGAUGCUGUACCUGGACCAGUGCAAGAACGGGGACAUCUCCUACUGCGAGCUGAACGCACGCUUCGGCAUGCGCCACAUCGUGGCCAAUCCUGUGACCUUCCUGACCCCGGCCAGCUACUUAGCCUUCUCCACCUUGCAAGCCUACGCUUCUAUGCACCUGUUCUUCCAGUUUAAGACCAGCAGUCCUGACGGUCUCAUACUGUACAACUCUGGAGACGGGAGUGACUUCAUUGUGGUGGAGUUGGUCAAAGGGUUCAUACAUUACGUGUUCGACUUGGGAAACGGACCAUCGCUGAUGAAGGGAAACUCCGACAAGCCGCUCAAUGACAACCAGUGGCACAACGUGGUCAUCUCCCGCGACGAUAACAACGUCCACACGCUAAAGAUUGACGUCCGCACGGUCACCCAACACACCAAUGGAGCUCGCAACCUGGAUUUGAAGGGUGAGCUGUACAUUGGCGGUGUCGGGAAGAGCAUGUACAGCAGCCUGCCUCGACUGAUCGCAUCCCGGGAAGGUUACAAGGGCUGCCUGGCGUCUGUGGACUUGAACGGAAGACUCCCUGAUCUACUGGCAGACGCCCUUCAGAAGGUGGGCGAGGUGGAUCACGGCUGCGGAGGUCCCAGCACCACCUGUACAGAGGACUCGUGCCAACACCAGGGAGUGUGUCUGCAGCUGUGGGAGGGCUUCUCCUGCGACUGCACCAUGACAACCUACGGGGGGCCGUUCUGUAGUGACCCUGGAACAACAUACAUCUUCGGGAAAGGAGGAGCGCUCAUCACAUUCACCUGGGCCCCCAAUGAGCGGCCGAGUACCCGGGCCGACCGGCUCGCCGUGGGCUUCAGCAGCCUGCAGAAGGACGCUAUUUUGGUGCGCGUGGAGAGCACCCACGGGCUCGGAGACUAUCUUCAGCUCCACAUAGAUCAAGGCAAAAUCGGUGUCAUCUUCAACGUGGGGACCGAUGACAUCACCAUUGAUGAGCCUGCUGUCAUGGUAAAUGACGGCAAGUACCAUGUUGUACGCUUCACACGCAGCGGUGGCAAUGCCACGCUCCAGGUGGACAACUAUCCGGUCAUUGAGCGCUACCCUCCAGGACACUAUGAUAAUGAGCGACUGGCUAUUGCUAGGCAAAGAAUCCCGUACAGACUCGGUCGGGUAGUUGACGAGUGGCUACUCGAUAAAGGGAGACAGCUGACCAUCUUUAACAGCCAAGCCGCCAUUAAAAUCGGCGGCCAAGACAAGGGUCGACCCUUCCAGGGUCAGAUCUCUGGCCUUUACUACAACGGGCUACAGGUGCUCAAACUGGCAGCGGAGAAUGACCCCAGCGUUCAGGUGGAGGGCAACCUCCGUCUUGUGGGCGACGCGCUGUCCGUGCUGACCACCGACACCACGUCUGUCACCCCGCUGGCAGUGUCCGACAUGUCCACCACCAUCAUGGAGACCACUACCACUAUGGCGACCACCACCACCCGCAGGCAGCGGUCCCCCAGCUUAAGGGAAAGCAUCUCUAAGCCGCAAAAUUCAGAUGAUAUUCUGGUGGCGUCAGCUGAAUGUCCAAGUGAUGACGAAGACCUUGAAGAGUGUGAACCGGGAACAGGAGGUGAAUUAGUGUUGCCUAUUAUAACAGUGGAUUCCCUUGAGCCCCCAUCCAUCGCCACCCGUUACCCUGUCAUCCCUCCUCCUCCUACCCUCCUGUCCCCUCUCGAAACCACCAAAGAGUCUGUGAUAGUCCCCCCCCACCCUUCCUGCCCCCCAGACCAGGAAGACUGUGGUGACACCAUGGAGGUCUCGGCCUUCGGCUCUGGGGAGAUGACGGAAUCUGAUGACGAGGACUUUUACAAUAAUAACAACUCCCCGUUGGUCACCGACAGGACAGUCCUUCCGCCACCUCCUGCCGCCGGUGAGGGCGGAGUCCAGAAACCCCGCCCUUUACCCCCUUAUGUUCCCACCACCAACCCCGACCAGCUCCACAUUCCCGCAGGCAAAAUGAACACCCGAGACCAGGUGCUUCUGCCCCCUGCUCCCCCUUCCUCCCGAAACACACCGGGACUAACUUACCCCCCCAAUUUUCCCCAUGUGCCCACAGCCGACCCCACAGCCUCCGAUGAAAAGAUCCAACCGGGCGCCGUGGAAGUGAUCAGGGAGUCCAGUAGCACCACGGGGAUGGUGGUUGGUAUCGUGGCUGCUGCUGCUCUCUGCAUCCUAAUCCUCCUCUAUGCCAUGUACAAGUACCGCAACCGGGAUGAGGGCUCCUACCAGACAGACCAGGGCCACAAUUUUUCCAACAAUUUUACAGUGGAAGGCAACGGAGCGGUGGUCAAAGACAAGACCACAGCAACGGCUUCCGUGGCCAAGGCAAUCACGAAGGGAAAAAAGAACAAGGAUAAAGAAUAUUACGUAUGAGUAGGCGGGCAAGGACUGAGAGGAUGUGAGGGUGCUCCACUUUCAAAUCACCAGUAUUUCUUUGUUUUUUGGCUUUUUUUUUUUAAUUCUGGUUGGAUGUCAGACAUUUCACUGGUAACUAAAGGCAACUGUCAAAUGUAGACUGCAGUUAACGCGAACAUUUUCCUCACAGUUGCACAGCUACCUUGAUGCUGUCAUCCAUCAACCACUACUUGUAAGUGUAUCAUUUUUAUGUGUUGAUCUCGAUGGAAAAGGCAUAUCCGGUGUUACUUUGUUUAUAGCAUGGAUAUGAUCCAGUGAAAGGAAUUGGGUUGAGUUCUUUGUUCUUUUUCUUUGUAAUCCCGGUCCCUAGCGUCAUUGUCCUUUGUUAUGAUAGAGAGUGAACACAGAUCAGUUAAAAUAGCAGGUUUUCCAAAUUUUCCAAGUUUAAAAAUAUUAAUGGAAACUAUAGCAUUGGUAAUGUAACGGAAAAUCAAACGAACAGUGUGGGACAUACGGUAUGAAAGUUGGCAAGGUGUGCCAGACAGAGGACUCGAUUCAAGGAUACAGAGUUUGAAGGAAAUUGGUGCGGUACCGGUAUUGGUUAUUUCUUCUAUAUAUUUGGGCCAGUAGGUAUCCGUCUUGGUCUGGCUUGGAUCUUGUGGUGUUAUUAGACUACUGUGUUUUCAAGGACCGCCGACAAAAUAGAACAUCUGAAACGCAAACAAAAAUACUUGGUUCUGAAUAUCGUACCAGGGCAGCACCGACUGCCAGAGAAAAAUUCCUUGUGUGUUUUUACACACUUGGCCAUUAAAGCUGAUCCUGAUUGUGAUUCUGAUACAUUUAUCAAUGAUUUUAAUGUCACAAAAUCACCCAAAACAACAGGAUUUCACUCGAUGGCAACGAAAUAAUCCGUUUGUCCUGAGCACAAAAACAGCAAAUAGAUGAGAUGUAUAACAAAGAGGAUAUGCAAAAAAAAAAAAAUCUGCAAAUUUGUGAAUGCCUAACUACAAAUAUUCAGUUGUUGGAAAUUCUUAAAAUAUAUUCAGUAUAUUGUUUGGCGUAAGAAUAAUAAUGACUAGGCAUUUUCACAAUGUCCUUGGCUCCAUCUUGCUUGGGCUCUAACAAGAAGACUGAAUUAAUAUGCACACUGUCAAAUAAUUGUUCAAGCUGUUUUUCUUCAAUUAAAGCAUUCAAGUCUUUUUUGAAAAAUGUCAACAGGCCAGUCAAAAACUUUAAUCUCCCUCUGAUUAAGCUAUUUUUUUGUUGACUUGGAUUUAUGCCCGGGGUCAGUGUCAUCCUGAAAGGUGACAUUUCUCUUUGGCUUCAGUUUUGGAACAGCACAAACCAACACACAAGGCUCUCGCCAUUGUCAAAAUCAUCCACCCGGUGAAGAAAAGCAACCAAAAAUGCAUUACAUCAAAAUGUGCUUCAAGAUACUAUUCAAUUCAGGGUGCACAUUCCUAUAACCUCUAACAGAUUUGUUAUUGCCAAAGCAAAGAAAGAUUACUUUGUUCCGUGUGUGUGUGUGUGUGUGUGUGUGUGGUGUGUGUGUGUGUGUGUGUGUGUGUGUGUGUGUGUGUGUGUGUGUCUCCAUCACUUGCUUAUUACUCCCACUUGUCAAAGCAUGAAAGUCAAACAUAAAGAAACGUUCCCUCAUUUUGUCCAACCAUUUUAAAACUUGGUGGACCAGUAGGUAACGUUUCUUCUUUUGGGGUAAAUGUAUGGUGUUGAUAGACCAUCAUUUUAAGGAAAUAUAUCCUACAUACAUACAAAUAAUCUGACUGAAUUUGAGAAUUUUCUUCCCCACUUCCAAUCAGAGUCAACAAAUACGCUCGUAUUGGAUGUCUCUAAAAGAUUAUCCUGAGCAAGUGGUCUUUGUUGGGGGACUUGCUAAAAGUGAUUUUCAAUCUGCUCAGGAUACAAUUCUAAGAAUCAAACGUUCAAUAUUUCUGAUCAUUUAUCCUUGUGUGUGGUCAAGGUUGGGGUCGAUUGAAACAUACUACACGUAUAUCCAAUUUCUAUACCAAAAAAAUAAAAUUAGAUAAAGGCCGUUUAGAUUUCAAACAUCAGUUAAAAUGUUAACCAUCGGUAUACGAGUACCCUUUCUCUUUUUCUGUACUAAUGCCAAGAUAAAAUCUUAUCAAAACAAACCACGGUCGGAAAUGGAAUUAAAGCCCUCGGUGCUUAUUUUCCAGAUCUGUACUUAUUUUGUCAAUGUUGCCACCGAUGAUGGUGUAAAAUCCCCCAAACUAUCUCCCCUCCCCCCUAAAAAAUGUCUCGAAUCACCGUAAACAAACUUGAUUUGACUCAUGGCAUAAUAAGUUGCAUGAAAGAGCACUUUGGCAAGAGUCAAGUGACAUUUUGUUUCUUUUCCAGUUACGUACAAAAAAAAAAUGCCAUUUUAACAAAGCUGUGUUCACUUUCUUCGACCACUGCCUAUGGAACAGAACAAACACAGUUGUUGAGUUUUUGUGUUACACGAACAAAACAAAAAAAAGGAAGCCUUUUUAUUUCUGUAAGACCUCCUCAGCUGUGUUUCAUAAUGAGCGUUUGAAGCCCCCCGCAGCCUACCCUGCCUCUGUCCGCAAGCCAUGAUACUGGGAUGUUCUCAUGAAAAAUACAGGAUGUUUAAAAAGGGAUAUCACUCAACGCACUCUGGCUGCGGAACCUUGCAGUGACACGGACUGGAGUGAUUUAUUUCUGUGUGGUCGGUCUAGUGUUUAAUUCAAAAUAAGGGUAAAUGUGAACAGUUCAGUCUACACCAAGUGAAGGUAUAUCUGUAAACAUUGCUUGUAUGUAUAUAUAGCACACUCAAGAGGCAUUGUGGAUGCAGAGUUAAGAAGAAUCAGCGUCCAGGAUGCUCGUCCCCCUCCCGCCUCCCUCACAGCUUUCACAAUGGUGACCCAGAAAUGCUGCGGCCCAACUUUCGGGCUGCACAACAUUUUCCCAUCCUUGCUUCUUGGAAAGUGACUAUGAAGCCAGCUCAGUGUCCAUCUUGUACCCUCCAUUAGGGAAAAAAAAAAAACAAAACAAAACAAAAAAAAAACUUUUAAGGGAUGAUCCAAAAGCACACAGGAAAUGUAAACAUAUCGUGGAGACAUAGAUAUUCCUUGUAAAACAGCCAAACGUAUUGUUUUUUUUUUCUAUCAGUGACUUAAAGACUAUUCCAUAAGAUCAAUAAUUGAUGAUGUGUGAAUUGUAUUGCUAUUUCUCGGAUAUUUCGAUGUACCUUGUCACAGCUCCUCCUAACAUGUUCCAUUUUAGAUUGCCUUUGACUCAGACAAAAAGCACACACUCUCCUCGGAUACCGGCAAACAUCUCGUGUUCCUGCAUUAUUCAUGACUCCGAUUAAGCAGAGAAAACACGAGGACGGGACAAACAAAUGUUUUUGUUUUAUUGCAUUGUGCAUUUUAUAUGUGCUGAAUCUGUUACUCAAUGGAUCUAAUAUAAAGCCAUUUCCCCUGUUUGGUUCUGUCUACAUUGACUUAUUAUUCAUGCUCUGUGAUCCCGUUACUUUUUUAUGAAAAGUGCCAUUCGACGUGAGUGGCUCUGUGCUCGGAAAAUAUUUCAUCCCUCACUCAUUGCUAUUGUAUAGUGUUCAUGUGAAAUUGAUCUCAAUAUGUGUACAGAAUGUGCAAAAAGAUAAAAAAAAAAAAUACACUUGAUGAUAUACUUUGUA